AUGGUCACUUGCUUCCCUUUCUCAGCCAAGAAACUGGGGGUGACAGUGGCCUUGUUUGUCGGAGCAGCUGUGAUCAUGGGUUACGCUGCGCAUCUCUCGUACGUCAACGUCGCUCCUCAACAGGCUCGUACUACAGAUCGGGAUGAGUUAGUCAAGGAACGAAUGAGACAGAAGCAUGGCUAUGGCAAUUGA